UUUGAUUAGUCAUUAUUUGAGUUUAGUUUGUUUGCAUACCUGGUAAACAGCCAGUCCACAAAACUGAUAUCAAUACUUCAGUCAAUAAGGGAAUAUUUUGUUCAAAUAUCAAGUAAAACCAUAAAAAUCUUAGACAUACUAGACAUUGAAGAUUUGCGACAAAAUCUUAUCAUCAUGUCAAACAAAAUGGGAGCUCCCAAAGUGGGGGCAAAGGUGGAGUAUCCGGACAAUCCCGACUUCGUUAACCAGCGCCCCUUCUCCCAGGACUGGCUCAACUCCAGUUACCAACAGACACUGCUUCCCGAUGCUCCCUGGCACAAGAUGGAACACAAAAUUGCUCAAGCACUGGCAAGCAAAGUCUCUAAGCAGUUUAAAAAGCCAGAGAGAAAAGAAGCAUUGUUGGAAAGUCUUGGCAAAAUGUUUGUCUCAACCUACUUGCCUACAGUUGAACCAAAUCCUCAAAUCCUGGCACCUCCAGAAAUGGAUUCUAAGGAGAAGGCCAUCCUGAUGAAAGAAGCAGAGGCCUACCUGACUAGUCAACUGUAUAAGUGUGUCAAGGACGAGGGCUACGGGGACAUGCUGGCCAGCGCUGAUGGAAAAGCUCCAAAAGGGGAGUAUGCUGAGUUCUUACAGCACUGCUUCCAAAUAUUCAACAAGGGGCUGGACCGGGAACUGUACAUUCAGGAGAUGGAUCUGUCGAGAAAGAAAGUGAAGGAGCUUGAAACUGAUUCCCAGUUGAGAAAGAUGGUGAAACCGAGCCGGGUGAAGCCAUCCACUACCUCUUCCUCCUCCUCUCUCUCCUCAACACCAACCAGUAAACCCAACUCGGCCGCCAUUAGAACGAUGGUACAGAAAGUGGAAGGGGACCCUCCCUCACUGUGGGGAGUUCAGAGUGACGCCAUCGGCCAAGCUGUCAUGGCCAUCCUGGAAAGAGACCCACGAAAGUUUGACCAUGUGGCUGGUAGAAUGCAUGGGCGACAAUUACCUGGUACACUCCGCACACACAUGUGGGCAGAUGUGCUGUUCAAGGAAGAGCGCAAACGUCUCUCUGAAGGAAACCUUGAGCGGAUGUUACGAGAGCGCUUUGCCAAAGCUGUAGCUCGAGGUGUCCAGGAUCUAAGGAUCACUCGGGCCACCAACACACCGAUCGCUGGCCUCAUAGAAAAUGCUGUUGUAGAGACAUAUAACAAGACGACUGGCAUGGUGGCGUUCCGUACGACUGAACACAUGAUUGAAGCUAGUCGGACACUCAAUGUUCUCUACACGUUUGAUCGUAGUUACGAGCCGUACCUCAUACACUGGCUGUUCCCUCUCCAGGUCAGCUUCCAACAGCCGUCCAGCAAACCCACAGACAAAGGUCAACAUGUAUAUGAACUGGCUAUGUAUCUGGAUCUUCUCAACAACUCGUGCUUCCCCACAUGGAUCCAAGUGUUUGCGAUCGCGGAGACAGUGAUGAAUAUACUGAGUCAGAGUGACCCUGAUAUGUAUACCCACCUCAAGGCUAUUGCCACUACCAACAUUAAAAUCAACAAAAAGGAGUUCCUGGUCCAGUUGAUCAGUGUAGAGAAAGCCAAGGCUGAGGAGCUACUCAAGGCCACACCAGGAAGUAAACGGGAGGAGAGCAUGAACUCUGAACUCCUCGCUGACCCCCUCAUCUUCCUCCGCCGCUGGAUUGGGGAGGGGUUUGUAAGUGUUUUGGACACACCUGGUAUUAUGUUUGUUUGGGACCAGUGUUUCCUGCAGGGUUGGCGGCCCUCUGUCCUCCAAAACUUCGCCACGGCCAUCCUCAUGCUGCUCAAACACAAGUUUAUGAAGGCUAGGGACUACUCCAGCAUGAAGGAGGUGUUUUUCUUUGAGCCCUGUAAGCUUUAUACAGUGGAUAUUCAGAUGGCCUGGAUCCACCUUGAGAGUGGUAAAGACCUUAUGGAAAUUCCCUACCUCAACCGCCAGCGUCCUGUGACACCUGCCUCUCGCCUCAGUGGCGGUGUAUCUAUUGCUAGUCUACCUGUCCCUGGUUUCUUAUCAACCUUUGGUAUCAAGGACAUUAGUUUGAAACUGGUGAUCCCCACAACAGCUGUGUCAAAGGAACCUUGGCUCAAUUACCUGAAUGCCACCGAGCUGGUUCUCCAUGUAUCGAUCUACUUCGGCAGUAUCAAACUUCGGUCACGUAUGUCCAUGCAUCCCGGAUACACUGCUGUACAAACCAAAGACAUGUACAAAAACAUUUUGUACGAGAUGCAUUUCCCCCAGGACAAGUUUGUGUAUGAGAGUAUUGACAUUUCCCAGUACGAUGUGGAACGUGAGCUCGGGGCCCACCCCUAUGCCCUUAUUAGAAUAGAGUACAAGAAACCUGCCUCACAACACCAUGAUGCCAGCAAUGUCCAGCUGGGCUGGGCACGCGUGCCUCUGUUUUACCGUGACUCCCCAGGAGGACGAACAUCUACAGACUCGGUGGAUGUACAGUGGGCGCUGCAGGACGGAGAAAACAAACAUUCUCUCCAUUCCGGUGAUGUGCCCGACACCCUCAUCACAACCGUCCCUCAGACACCAAAGCAGACACCUGAAGGACUCCUGGGAUACAGCUCUGAACUUGGUGCCAUCGUAUAUGAACCCAAACAUGAGCCGAAGUCCAAAAAGAAGGUGGAAGCGAUCAAAGUGAUCACCCCCCCACCAGAGACGCCCGUCGAGGAUGAAGAGGAGGAGGAGGAAGAGAAAGUAGAGGAGGUUGUUCGCACUCCUGAUGAACUGCUUGAUCCCUGGGUGGAGCACAAUCCUUUUGCCUCCAGAAAAGAUCCAGAACCCACUGGUCUCAACUCUAGGUUUGAUUUGUACAUCGAUGCUGUCCACUUCAUACCUGACAACGCCUCCAUCAUUAAGGUUACUGGUAUCAUAGGGGCGCCAGACAUGACGCGAGUUUUACUAGCUCUCCCAGAGCUCAGAAGUUCAGCUCGCAACCCCAGAUUUAUGUUCCGAUUGGAAUUUAAUGAAGAGCAGAAAGAUCUGAAUCCGCAGAUGGUGGCCUUCCUGCGUGUCUAUACAUAUGAUAUCUUUUCUGAAGAUAUCUCCGUCAUAGGAAGUGUGUUUGUCCCCAUCUUUAAUAAAGGGAAGCUCAACGUGGGUGGUCACCAGUACCGGCUACGUAAUGGUGUACCGAGGAACAAGGCAAGGUACAAGGUCACAGAUCUGGACCAGUUCAAGGUUGUGCCUGCAUCCUCCAUUCUUGUUAGAAUUUUGCAUCAUGAACAGGAAUACGUAGAGGCUCCCAGGUAUGGUAUAGGCUACUAUCAUUCUGAACAAGCUCGGCCAACCAUCACAGAUGAGAGGAUAUUUGCUAGCUAUGCUGACCACAUGAACUACCCUAAGACAGAAAAGGACAUGAUCCAGAGGCUGCAGAACUCCCAGGGAUUCCCUCUAGGAGAGACGGAGGAAGAACUGCUGGGUUGGCUCCAAGCCAAACUGGACAUCAAGAAAGUGGGUCCCAAAUUCACUGCCGGUAAUCUUCCGCUGGAUGCCAUGGUCAGAUAUCGCAUCAAACAGGGCAUGAGGGUUCGGAUCAACCGCCUGUGGGGACUCCCACCUAUUGAUAAUCUGUACACUCAGUUGUAUGCUAAGGUAGAGCCGGGGGAGAAGGUGCGAGGCAUGCCACUGACAGCUGAGGGACACGGCGGUGAGGAACGCUUCCUUACCAACAAGAUCGACUUCAACAGCCUCAUGUCAGAUCCGAAAUGGAAUGAUGAUGUUAGGAAUCUGAAGCCACACUACGACACCAACUCCGUGUUACUCAUCCAGAUAUUUGGCGUGACCAUUAAGUACAAGGCCUUGGCUGACCAUAAUUCCCCUGGCAUCAUCAAAAGCCUACAGGGUGAUGAGUUGGUGAUCACUGACGACCAGAUCCUAGGCUGGGCCGCCAUGCCUUUGUUUGAAGCGAAUGCGGUACUGACAGGUGUACAUGAGCUGCCAGUAUUCCGAGGCAAACCUCCUGAGGGAAUCAUUGAGUCCCUCAGUAUACAUCCCAUCAACGAGGUCAUCGAGAAGUGGAAGUGGGACAAGAAGAGCUUGAGGAUUCCUUGGACGAGUAUGACUGUCACGUUAUGGGAUGGUCAUUAUGACUUUGAUGAUCUCCCCUUCCUACCCACCUUUGAAGAUUUGCUGAAGAUUGCUGGCAGUUUAGAGUCCUAUAAGAAGUCCAGAGAAAACCCGAAAGGCACCAAGAAUAUUUCAAGUCUGGUUCUUGAGGGUCUUGAGAGCCGGCACCGGCGUCAGGGUAUUGAGGGAGAGAUAUACCAGAAAGAAAAGGGUUUCUUCCAGGACCUAAUAAACUCGACCAUGGACAGCCUUAUUUAUUUGUUCCUAGUCACCCCACAGUCGACUCCAUCAGAUCAAACCAGAGAAGACAGUGAUGGGUACAACUCCCAGAUAACCCCUACGAGUGGUGAUGAUAAUUAUGUGCUUUGAACACACGUUGAUGUUAUUAUCCCCACAGUCCCUACCUUGUGUACAAACCUGUCAACACUGAGCUGUAGUAAGGUAAUGGUGUAUAUACAGUAUGAUACGGUGCUGCUUAUCUCACUUUAACAUCAAGUCGACAAUAAAGAAAGUAACUGACAUUAUGUAAAGCCCAGGGUGACUAGAAUCUUUGGGAGAAUUUAUCCUUGUUCGAGUGUUGACAGGUUUGUGCCUGUGUUCA